AUGGAUAUGUUCAUUGACCUCAAAUGGAAACUGGUCAAGAAGAACUUUCUACAACAACGUUAUAUUCAUUUUCUAAAGGAGAAAGGUGGCUGUAAUGGGGGCAGGGAGAAAGGUGGCUGUAAUGAGGGCAGGGAGAAAGGUGGCUGUAAUGGGGGCAGGGAGAAAGGUGGCUGUAAUGAGGGCAGGGAGAAAGAUGGCUGUAAUGGGGGCAGGGAGAAAGAUGGCUGCAAUGAGGGCAGGGAGAAAGGUGGCUGUAAUGGGGGCAGGGAGAAAGGUGGCUGUAAUGAGGGCAGGGAGAAAGAUGGCUGUAAUAGGGGCAGGGAGAAAGGUGGCUGUAAUGGGGGCAGGGAGAAAGAUGCCUGUAAUGGGGGCAGGGAGAAAGGUGGCUGUAAUGGGGCCAGGGAGAAAGAUGCCUGUAAUGAGGGCAAGGAGAAAGAUGGCUGUAAUAGAAGCAGGGAGAAAGGUGGCUGCAAAGAGGGCAGGGAGAAAGAUGGCUGUAAUGGGGGCAGGGAGAAAAGUGGCUGUAAUGGGGGCAGGGAGAAAGGUGGCUGUAAUGGGGGCAGGGAGAAAGGUGGCUGCAAUGAGAGCAGGGAGAAAGGUGGCUGUAAUGAGGGCAGUGAGAAAGAUGGCUGUAAUGAGGGCAGUCAGAAAGAUGCCUGUAAUGGAGGCAGGGAGAAAAGUGGCUGUAAUGGGGGCAGGGAGAAAGAUGGCUGUAAUGGGGGCAGGGAGAAAAGUGGCUGUAAUGGGGGCAGGGAGAAAGAUGGCUGUAAUGGGGGCAGGGAGAAAAGUGGCUGUAAUGGGGGCAGGGAGAAAAGUGGCUGCAAUGAGGGAAGGGAGAAAGAUGGCUGUAAUGGGGGCAGGGAGAAAAGUGGCUGUAAUGGGGGCAGGGAGAAAGGUGGCUGCAAUGAGGGAAGGGAGAAAGAUGCCUGUAAUGAGGGCAGGGAGAAAGGUGGCUGUAAUGAGGGCAGGGAGAAAAGUGGCUGUAAUGAGGGCAGGGAGAAAGAUGGCUGCAAUGGGGGCAGGGGGAAAGGUGGCUGCAAUGGGGGCAGUGAGACAGAUGCCUGA